GAACGCUUGAAUAUGAGGAACCUCCUGAUCUGAAAUGUCUCACUCCUUCAUCCUCCUUCUCCUCCUGACUCCUCCCCUGUCCCACCGGUGAAUGGGGCCUUUGUGGGGGUUUUUCCCAGCAUUCCAUUGGGAAUUCUCGCAGGGCGGUCAGUGCUUCCCACGGCAACUUUGGAAAGCCUCCAGAGCGAUCCCAGGAGGAGACGGGAGCAGGAGGGAGGGAUCCAAAUCUUUCCACCCAGUGUUUCUCGAGUGGUUUGAGCAGGAGGAUACACAGUUGUGCGGAGCAAGGGAUAGUCCACCCCAGAGCUCCAGGAAGAGUGGCCAAACAAAAGGUGGGUGUUUGCGUUGCUGUUGAUACAUAUGUCAGCCCAGAUAGGAACAAUGGGUUUGGGGUUAAAGUCUUGAGGUGUUGUUAGGUGCUAACUCCAAUUCUAUGUCAGUGUUCCUGCUGACUUUGUCUCGACUGUUGGAACUUGCCUGAGCAACAUCGCCUGCAGGUAUGUGUGCUCUUGUUCUCAUGGUUUCUCACUUGUUUGACUUAGUUCUGGAAGUGUUGCCUUUCAUUUGAAGGUUAACUGCCCUGAAUUAUUAUCUCUAUUUAUGGGCGCGUGAGUCCACAUUUGAGAGGACUUUACUUCUUUGUAAUCUGGUGCACGGCUCCUCACCCCUUUUGUUUAUCGUAUUGUACUUUGACAUCUUCAGGCUGCCGGCUUCCUGUUGUUCUAGAGUUCAGAUCGAGGCUUCAUUUGAAGCAGACUUUUAAGUUUUAUUUUAGAUGAGCUGACUGUUGUUUUGUCAGUGUCGCGGCAGCAUGUUGCAGACAGUCCAGGAGUGGUUAUGGUGGGAGCGUCUGUGGCUGCCUGUCAACGUCUCCUGGUCAGAUCUGGAGGACAGCGAAGGCCGGGUUUAUGCCAAAGCCUCGCACCUUUAUGCUGCUGUGCCCUGCGCCUUCUUCCUGCUGGUCGUCAGAUACAUGUUUGAGAGGUUUGUCGCAACACCGCUGGCUGAUGCUUGGGGGAUUAAGGACAAGCUUCGCCGCAAAGCGCAACCAAACCGCAUCUUAGAGACGUUCUUCUGCAGCCAGGCACGCAAUCCCUCACAGGCUGAUGUCUGGUCUCUGUGCAAGAAGACAAGUUGGACGGAAGCAAAAAUUCAAGUGUGGUUCAGACGACGGAGGAACCAGGAUCGUCCGCCUCUCAGCAAGAGAUUUUGUGAAGCCAGCUGGAGGUGUGUCUUCUACUUUUUUGCCUUUGUCGGGGGAAUGCUGGCGCUGUAUGAUAAACCCUGGCUGUACGACCUCAGGGAGGUGUGGGUGGGCUUCCCCAAGCAGUCCAUGCUGCCCUCCCAGUACUGGUAUUACCACCUGGAGAUGGGCUUUUACCUCUCGCUGCUGCUCAGCCUCACGUUUGAUGUGAAACGAAAGGACUUUAAAGAGCAGGUGAUCCAUCACAUCGCCACGCUGACCCUUCUGAGCUUCUCUUGGAUUUCAAACUACAUCCGGAUCGGGACCCUGGUGAUGGCCCUCCAUGACUCCUCAGACAUCCUGUUAGAGGGUGCAAAGGUCAUCAACUAUGCCAAGUGGAACCAGACUGCCAACGGCUUGUUCGUGGUCUUCACCUUCGUCUUCAUGGUGACGAGGCUGGUCAUCUUCCCAUUCUGGCUAAUCCACUGCACAUGGGUGUAUCCUCUGGACUGGUAUCCAGCCUUCUUCGGUUAUUACUUCUUCAACGUCAUGUUGUUAGUGCUUCAGCUUCUCCACGUCUACUGGGCCGUCCUCAUAUCGCGAAUGCUCUACAAAUGUGUCGCCGGCAAGCUGGAAGGUGACGACCGGAGCGAUGAAGAAGAGGACGACAGUGACUCUUCAAGUGACAAAAACCACAAUUCACGGCACAUUAACGGAGUCAAAGGUCGAGCCAACGGUCACUGACCACUCAAGUAUAAACAUGGACAUAAGCACGUUUGUAUAUAAAAUACACUUGAACACAACUGAAGUAGCUGUACCCGAAUAGUGAAGGAACACUGACUUGUUUUAAUAAAACAUCCUGCACGACCUGUAAGAGAAAUGCUGAGUUUUUGACGUGGAGGCGAUGAACUCG